AAGCCUGACUCCUGUUAAUGUUCUGUUCUGAACAACACUAAGAUAAAUGUUGGAAUAAGAUUACAAAGCAGAUAAAAAUAUUUAACUUUAUUGUUGUGACCUUGGCUUUGAAAAUUAUCACUUAGAAAGCUGGCAAGUUAAAUUAUAAACUUAAGUGAUUUUGUAGAUGCUGGAAAUCCAGAGCAACGUACACAAAGUUCUGGAGGAACUCAGCAGGUUAGGCAGCACCUAUGGAGGUUCUUGGGCUGACCGUUCACCUUUGCAUGAGGCAGCCAGUCAAGGUCGCCUUCUGUCCCUCAAAACUUUGCUUGCACAGGGUCACAGUGCCAAUACACUGACAAUAGACCAUGUUUCUCCACUUCAUGAUGCAUGCCUGGGGAACCAUGUAGCAUGUGCCAAAGCCUUAAUAGAAGCUGGUGCCAAUGUCAAUGCCACCACUAUCGAUGGGGUGACACCACUGUUCAAUGCAUGUUCCAGUGGAAGUGCAAAUUGUGCCGAGCUUGUAUUGCAGAAUGGUGCUAAGCUACAUGGCCAGGACUGUUGUGCUUCAGCCAUUCAUGAGGCAUCAAGUAAAGGCCACAGUGAAUGCAUACAAGUCUUGAUCUCUUGGGGAGUUGACAUAGAUCUAGACAUCUCUCACCAAGGAACGCCUCUGUACGUAGCCUGUGUACAUCAGCAGUACUUCUGUAUCAAAAAACUGCUCCAUGCAGGAGCCAACGUGCAGAAAGGCAAACACUUGGAGACACCCUUACACGCUGCUGCUCGGCAGUCUAACCCAGAUAUUGUCAUGUUGCUGCUUGACUUUGGAGCGGAGGUCCGUGCCAGGAAUGCCGAAGGCGAGCGGCCGAUCGACGUUGCAGUCACCAGUAGUUCAGUGGACAGGUUGCUGCUGCACUAUGAAGCAACGCCGAGCUCCCUGUGCCAGCUGUGCCGCCUGUGUGUCAGAAACUGCCUGGGAAGACCACGCCUACAGUACAUUCCUCAGCUGCAGCUGCCCAAGCUACUGAAGGACUUUUUACAGCAUCAGUAAACUGCUUCCCCUUUGCCACGGCAGUCUGCCUGGGAAGCUGAUUUAAGAUUUCAGCUCUGCUCCUUUCUGUAUAUAGACUUGUUUAAAAACUUGUUGAAACGUUGUUAGCAAAUCACCGUAACCCCUCCCUCCCACCCUUUUUUGUCUUGUCUUCAUAAAUUGAAUGAAAGAAAUGGUGGUAGGAAUCCGUCUCAAAUGCUUGGAACAGGUGAGGUGGCUUAUGCAGAUUAUAUUCCCCUUACAUAAUGAAUUAUGUUGAUGUCACUACAACUGAAACUUGAAAAUGAAGUACGAGGUGUAACGCUUCGUGUAUACCACAAGUGAUUUAAGGCAAAUUUCUCACCUAUGUAACACAGUAUCUUAAAACAAAUACUUGAAAAUUAAGUCUAUGAGUGGGCUUAAUUAAUCUGCCAAUUAGUGCCCCGAUUGCUGUUCCACAUGCUGGUGCCUAAUUUAGCUAAGUCCGGAGAUGCCCUGGCCUUAUUUCAUUUACUUACUUAGAGAUACAGUGUGGAACAGGCCCUUCUGGUCCAAUAAGCUGCACUGCCCAGCAACCCACCACCUAUUUAAUACCAACCUAAUCACAGGUCAAAUUACAAAGACCAAUUAACCCACUAACCAGUAUAUCUUUGGACUGUGGGAGGAAAUUAGAGCACCCGGAGGAAACCCCCAUGGGAAGAACAUGCAAACUCCUUACAGGACAACGCUGGAAUUGAACUCCGAACACUAAAGCACCUCAGGUUGUAACAACAGUGUGCUAACUGUUGUGCUACUGUGGCUUCAUGGCUUUAAUGCUGACUAUUAAUGUGGAGGCAAUAGGGUCCCUCUAGCUCCACAGCUAUACUUUGUGCUGUUUCCUCCCUUUCCUUCAUCUUCAACUGGAAUCCUCAAGGAAAGGAUGGAGAGGAGAGGAUCCUCAAGGGAUAUCCCAGUUGGGAAGGCACAUCAAAGAGGAAUCUGAGGGAAAAUUUCUUCAUUUAGAGCAUGAGGUGAGUGUGGAACAAGCUGCCAAUGGAAGUGAUGGAAUCAAAUUCAAUUGAAACAUUUAUGAGAAGUUUGGAUGGGAGAUGAUCAGAGGGCUAUGGCCUGAGUGCAGGUAGAUGGGACUAGGUAGAACAUCAGGUUGGCAUAGACUUGGUGGGGUGAAGGGUCUGAUUCUGUGUUAUAGUACUCUAUGAUUGAGAUGGAAUACCAGAUUACCUGCUUUGUGGUGGUUGAUGACAUGUAGCCAUUUUAUUGCCCAGUGUAGCUGUAACACUCAAUUUCUUUACUCUUCACUUUCCUAACUUCCUUUACAGUCCUGACCUUCUUCAUUUCUCCACAAAGUGAGCACACAGAGGCUAUAUCAUUCCCAAUGCUCAAAUAAUAGGCUGAAGAGAUGAGUGAACUCAAGUGGUUAGCUUAGAAACUUGAAGUGUUGAAGGACAGUGUUGGUUUAACACAAACCCACUGAAGGUGGUGGAGAGUAAAUAUGAGUUGAUUGUAAAAUUGUUGGUCCUGUAGGCAACCUGCCAACAAUCUACUUGGUCAACAUUAUCUUCAACCCAUAAACAACUAAUUUCUAUCACUUCAUAGUGUCAUAGAGUGUUAGAACACUACAGCACAGAAACAGGCCCUUCGGCCCAUCUAGUCCAUGCUGAACUAUUCUGCAUAAUUACAUCUACCUGCACCUGGACCAUAGUCUCUAUGCCCCUCCCAUCCAUGCACAGUACACAAUCCAAAUUUCUCUUAAAUGUUGAAAUCAAACCCCCUUCCAUCACAUCCACUGACAGCUCAUUCUACACUCUCACCACCCUCUGAUGAAGGAAGUUCUCCCCCAUGUUCCCCUUAAGCAUUUCACCUUUCACCCUUAACCAAUGACCUCCAGAUCUAGUCUUACCCAACCUCAGUUGAAAAAGAAAAGCCUGCUGCAUUUACCCUGUCUAUGCCCCUCAAAAUUGUAUGUUCCUCUUUCAAUCUCCCCUCUUUCUAUUAUGAACUAGGGAAUAAAGUCCGAAUCUAUUCAACCUUUUCCUACAACCCAGGUUCUGAAGUCCUGACAAAAUCCUUGUAAAUUUUCUCUUCACUCUUUACUGUAGGUAAGUGACCAGAACUGGAUACAGUACUUCAAAUUAGGCCUCACCAACAUUUUAUGCAACUUCAACAUAGCAUCUCAACCUCUGAACUCAGUACUUUGAUUUAUGAAGGCCAAUGUGCCAAAAGAUCUCGUUAACACCCUAUCUACCUGCGACACCAAUUUCAAGAAAUUAUGGAUCUGAAUCUCCAGAUCCCCCUGUUCUGCCCCACUCCUCAGUGCCCUACCGCUUGCUGUGUAAGUCCUACCCUGGUUUGUCUUCCCAAAGUGCAACAUUUCACACUUCUCUGGAUUAAACUCCAUCUGCCAUUUUUUAGCCCGUUUUCCUAGCUGGUCUAUAUCCUGCUGCAAGCUUUGAUAGCCUUCCUAGCUGACUGCUACGCCUUUCAUCUUGGUGUCAUCCGCAAAUGUGCUGAUCCAGUUUACUACAUAUCAUCCAAAUCAUUGAUAUACUGUAGAUGACAGACAAUAACAGACCCAGCACUGAUCCCUGCGGCACAUCACCAGCCAAAGUCCUCCAGUCAGAGAGGCAAGCAUGUACUUUCACUCUCUGACUUCUCCCGCGAAACCAGUGCCUGAUCCAAUCCUAUUUACUACCUUAGUGGUUGGUGAUUGGCAUCCAUCUGUCUUGAAGGACAAUGGGUGAUGACAAUCAUCAUCACAAGUCUGGGCGGAAGGUUUGGAGAUCCUAAGAUGCCCAGUCAUCAAGAUCCCCCUCUCAGUCUUACCAGUGUAGUCCAAAGGAAAGCUUAUGUUUGGCACCAGCUUGGCUGCAGGAGCUGCCAGAAGAAUGUUCAAUGACAUCCAGGCACCUUAGGACUACCUCAGUAGCACUUCAUAAUCAUGUUCAAAUAAUCAACUAUCAGGAAACUGGAAAAAGCAUAGCAUUUUAUAUAUAUAUAUCAAAAAUGGCUCCAUCUCUCAGUUAAUCCCUUUACCUUAACAUGGAGAUUUGGUUUAAUCCCAUAUAUCCACCAGCAUUUCUCAUUUCUUCAUUGGCUAUAUUUAAGAGGAAGUUAGAUAUGGCCCUUGUGGCUAAAGGGAUCAGGGGGUAUGGAGAGAAAGCAGGUACAGGGUUCUGAGUUGGAUGAUCAGCCAUGAUCAUACUGAAUGGCGGUGCAGGCUUGAAGGGCCGAAUGGCCUACUCCUGUACCUAUUUUCUAUGUUUCUAUAAGUUCAAUGAUAAAUGGCUUACAAAAUUAGCCAGCUGUGCUCCCUCCUUUGUAGUUUUCUUUGCUACUUUCUUCUGAUGCGCCAUUUAUCAUUACCUGCAUUGUGAUGUGGUGCAGCUGCUGCCUUCCAUAUCCAGUGACACAAGUUCGAUCCUGACCUCCAGCGCUGUUUGUGUGGAGUCUGCAUGUUCUCCAGGAAGCCACGUGUUUUUGUUUCUCCUGGAUGCUCUGGUUUCUGGUCACAUCCCAAAUGCAUGCAACUUGCCAGAUUAAUUGUGCUCUGAAAAUGUAGCUGAGUGCAUAUGCAAAUAUACCUGUCAAAAAUAGAAUAGAAAUUGUUGCUGGAUUACAGUAGACAAUUCCUUUUCCCAUCACUAUAGCAAAACUAAAGUGACAGGAAACAUUGAUCUGUUUGUGGGGAAACUUGAUGGGAGUCUGAAAAAAUAAAGUUACAUUUGUGUAAAUGAGGAAGGGUCUCGGCUCGAAACGUCGACAGUUUAUUUACUUCCCUAGAUGCCACCUGACCUGCUGAAUUCCUCCAGCAUUUUGAGUCUUUCCUUAAUGUAGAUGGAUAUAUGCUGGUCAUAGCAAACUCAAUGGGUUGAUGGGUGUAUCUCCAUGCUGUAUAACUCCAUGAGAAACAGAGUUAUGUUAAUUUUGUUUCUUCGUCCACAAAUGUUGCUUAACCUGCUGAAUAUUUCCACCUUUUACGAACUUUAUGUCAGGUUUCCAGCAUCUGCAGUAUUUUGACUUUGAUUCUAGCAUCUUUUAGUAAAUUAUACUAAACAAUGCUUUCAACUAAACUCUUACAAAGAACACAGAACAGUACAGCAUAAUCCAGGCCCUUUGGCCCAUGAUGUUGUGUCAGACUAAUUAAACCAUCACCUCCUUAUCAAUCAAUCCCUCUUUCUCACUCAUUGACCAUACUCUUCCCCUUUCUGCAUUCUUAUUUGCCUACCUAGGAGUCUCGCAAACAUCCGUGUGCAAUCUGCCUUUGCCACCACACCUGGCACUGCUUUACAGCACCCAUCAUUCACUGUUUAAAAACUUGCCCUGCACAUAGGGCAGCAUGGUAGCAUAGUGGUUAGCACAAUGCUUUACAGCACCGGCGACCUGAGUUCAAUUCCUGCUGCUGCCUGUAUGUUCUCCCUGUGACCGCGUGGGUUUCCUCCCACAAUCCGAAGAUUUAGGUUUGUAGGUUAAUUAGUCAUUGUGAUUAAUCUAGAAUUAAAUCGAGGGAUUGCUGGGUGGCAUGGCUCAAAGGGCCAGAAGGGUCUAUUCUGUGCUGUGACUUGAUAAAUUAAAAAUUAUAUCUCUAGUACUCUACCCCCUUGCACCAUCAUACCCUCUAGUAUGAUAUAUUUUAAUUCUGGGAAAAAAAUCACUGGCUGUCUACAUUUCGUAUGAUUUUAUAAAAUUCUAUCAGAUCUCCCCUUGGCCUCUGCCACUCUAGAGAAAACAGCUUGUCCAACGUCUCCUCAUAGCACAUGUCCUUCAAUCCAGGCACAAUACUUGUAAACUUCCUUUGCACCCCCUCCAAAGCCUCCACAUCCUUCCUAUAACGGGAGACCACAACUCAUGACAGUACUCCAGAUGUGGCCUAACCAGAGCUUUAUGAAGCUGUAACUUGGUGGUUCUUGAAUUCAGAGCACCAACCAGUGAAGGCAACCAUGCUGUAUGCCUUCUUUAUCAUCCUAUGUACCUGUGCAACCAUUUUUAGGCAUCCACGAAGAUCCCUCUGUUCAUCAAUACUGUUAAACUCUUUUUGACUGAAGGUAGCUGAUUGAUACUGAAAAACCGAUAAGAGCCAGACCUCAGGAGAAAAGUUUGAUAUAGGUUGAAAGAAAAGGCAUUAGUUUUAACCAAUCCUUCUUCAUUAGGAAGCCCUUUGCCAAUUAUUGCACAGAACGGCCAACAUUUUGAGUCUCUUACAACCCAAAUACCUUUGUUGAAAUUCCUCAGAUUGAUUGCUGGUAUUCAUACAACAUUCAACUAAGAAGAGAAAAAUGUACCUUUUAAUUAUUUAUGUUACAUUUAUAUGGCUUCUUUUGGGAAAGUUGCAAGUGUAGGUCACCUGAUUAGCUUCCAUUAACUAGAAUAGAUUUUAAUUCCCGGAGAUGAACACAACAUGCAUUAGAAUUGGAUUGACUUUAUUACAUGUAUCCUUCAAAUAGAUGAGGAGUAAAAAUCUUUACAUUACGUCUCCAUCUUAAUGUGCAAUUUAUAGUAAUUUAUAAUAAAUAGCAUGUACAACAGGACAGUCAAUAUAACAUAGAAAUACAAUUGUAUCAGUCUGAUGGCCCGAUGGAAGAAGCUGUCCUGGAGCUUGUUGGUUCUGGCUUUUAUGCUGCAGUACUGUUUCCUGAAUAGUAGCAGCUGGAACAGUUUGUGGUUGGGGUGACUCAGGUCCCCAAUGAUCCUUCGAGCCCUUUUUACACACAUGUUAUUGUAAACGCCCUGAAUAAUGGGAAGUUCACAUCUACAGGUGGGCUGGGCUGUCCGCACCACUCUCUGCAGAAUCCCUGCGAUUGAGAGAAGUGCAGUUCCCAGACCAGGCAGUGAUGCAGCCAGUCAGGAUGCUCUCAAUUGUGCCCCUGUAGAAAGGUUUUGGGGGCCCAUACCAAACCUCUUCAACUAUCUGAGGUGAAAAACAGCUGUUGAGCUUUCUUCACCACACAGCCGGUAUGUACAGACCAUGUGAGAUCCUCGGUGAUGUGUAUGCUGAAGAACUUAAAGCUGUUCACCCUCUCCACUGAUACUUGUGUACUAGUGAACAAUGAUAAAUUUUUCUCCUGUUAAUGUCACUUGUAUCAUUCAACUGACUCCCGUUCUCUUGGUCCAUACAGUUUACAGGAGAAUUAUUUCCCCAGCAGUUCCUUCGCCCUUUCCCUCGCUCAUGUUUCAAUUUAAACAAAGAAAUAUUCCUGAAGAAAAAUACCAGUAACGCACCAGAUUUCUCUUUCUGCAGAAGCUGUCUGACUUGCUAACUAUUUAAAGUUAGCUUCUUCAACCACAAUCCUGAACCCAAAUUUCAAGUCCCAAAUGUUGAUAAUUUUAUCAUAUAAUUUGUAAUAUUACCAAUAACCCAUUGAUGGCGCUCUCGCUUCUGAGGUGAGUCCCACAUAAGAGGCAUGGUAGGUCAAUUAGUCCAUUCUGCCUAUUGCACAGGAAUCUUUUUGGUUCCAUUACCUCCGCUCUCACCUGUAUAGCCUGAAGAUUAUUUUCCUCAAGAGCCUAUCCAGCUCCCUUUUGGAAAUCCAUUUUGAUUUCUGUACCACUACCUGCACAGGCAGUGAGCUUUAGUCCAUCGUCCGACUCUCUUUGCUUAAAAACAUGAUUUGCUGUUGUUCUAGAACAGUAUCAAGGGAUCGCUUCACUGCUGAAAAUGUUUUUAAGUUGAAACAUUAAACUAAGUUCCUGUCUGGUUUUUAAAUAUCCCAUGGCAUUGUUAGGAGUAGCAGAAAACGAAAGUUCUCUCCUGGCUCAAUCAAGUUAAUAAAAUAAGAAGUUUUCAAGCUAAUUUUAUCUCUGGGGUUGUGGGAGCCAUAGAGGCAUAGAGUAUUGAAUUGAAUUGAACUGAGUUUGUUUCUUACACCCUUUAUAUACGAGUAAAAAUUUUUAUGUUACAUCCCCAUCUAAAUGUGCAAUUUGCAAUUUAUAGUAAUUUGUAAUUGAUAGUAUGUACAACAGGACAGGCAAUACAGCUCAGAAAUACAAUUGUCUCAGUGUGAAUUAAUCAGUCUGAUGGCCUGUUUGAAGAAGCUGUCCCGGAGACUGUUAGUCCUGGCUUUUAUACUGCGGUACCGUUUCCCGAAUGGUAGCAGCUGGAACAGUUUAUGGUUGGGGUGAUUCGGGUCCUCAAUGACCCUUCGGGCCCCUUUUCGCACCUGUCUCUGUAAAUGUCCUGAAUAGUGGGAAGUUCACUCUGCAUAUGUGCUGGGCUCUUUGCAGAAUCCUGCGAUUGAGGGAAGUACAGUUCCCAUACCAGGCAGUGAUGCAGCCAGUCAAGCUGUUCUCAAUUGUGCCCCUGUAGAAAGUUCUUAGGGUUUGGGGACUCAUGCCAACCUUCUUUGACCAUCUGAGGUGAAAGAGGUGCUGUUGUGCUUUUUUUCACUACAUAGCCGGUAUGUACAGACCACGUGAGAUCCUUGGUGAUGGUUAUGCCGAGGAACUUAAAGCUGUUCACCCUCUCAACCCCAGAUCCAUUGAUGUCAAUAGGGGUUAUCCUGCCUCCAUUCCUCCUGUAGUCCACAACCAGCUCCUUUUGAUUUUGCGACAUUGAGGGGAGAGGUUGUUUUCUUGACACCAUUGUGUCAGGGUGAUGACGUCUUCUGUAUUAUUUGAUAUUAAGCCAAUCAAUGUAGCAUCAGCAAAUUUAAUUAGCAGAUUGGAGUUGUGGAUGGUGACACAUAGUCAUGGAUGUACAGAGAGUAAAGGAGGGGUCUGAGUACACAGCCCUGAGGGGCACCUGUGUUGAGGGUCAGAAGGAAGAGGGAGCUGACCAAACCAAAACAAGCCACUUGGCCCACCUGGUCAAUAUCGAACUAUAACUAUGCAAAGUUGUAAUUUGAAAAUUUGCCAAUCUGUUUCCUGCAAUAUAACAAUUACUGCAUUUCAAAAACAUACUUAUUUUGAAAUGUUCUGAAGCCACAAAAGGCAAUGCAGAGAUUUCUUGUUUAUUGUCACAGCUGAGUGGAAGGUAACAAACACACACUCCUAUUACUCUCUGGUAUAUAACACUGGAGUUUAAAUAACUGACAAUCCCUGAGCUCUGUGGAGAAAUUAUCCAGAGUCUGUAGAAACACAUAAUGAAUCACAAAUUCUUGUUAAAAGAUACAGCAUACUUACAGGCUUUUCUCCCCAAUGAGCCCAAGCUACCCAAUUAGACACAUGCAACCUAUUAACCUACUAACCCAUAUAUCUUUGAAAUCUUGGAGGAAAUCCAUGUGGUGACCCAGAGAUGUACAAAGUCCUUCAGACAGCAGUGGAAUUGAACCUGGGUUCCUGCCACUGUAAUGAUGUUACGAUAACCACGAUGCUAACUGAACAAGGGGCAAGCAAAGGCAUCGAACACACACCUCGGGUAAUAAACUAUUAAACAUGCAUAACUUGAGUAUUCGCAUACACACACAUAAGUGCCUUCACUUCAUAAUAUUAAAGAGACAAUCAUAUACUUCCCUGCACAUAACUUGCAUAUUCUGAUGAUUCUGUGCUCAGACUAGUUAUGUAUCUGAUCCUGGACUCAGGGAAAACUACCUAUCAUUAUAAUGUUAAACUCAGUCAGUCAGUGUUGGUAGACACAUUUAUUCUAGUUGAACAUAUAAUUAUAAUAGUAUUGACACAAACUACUGUAUUUGCAAUUAGAAACAACUUACAUCUAAACAGGUGUAUUCUAUGCAGACUGGAUUAUUUUUUAAGGGAAUUGGAAGUUAUCGGGCAUGUACUGUGAAUAGCACAUUCUUUGAAAAAGGCAAUGUUUGUAAAGGUUAUCAAUACUGACAUUUGUGUAAUGGAUCCAUGUGCAUUUUUUGCUUAAAAUGUUUGUUAUUGUAUUAGCAUAAAGGCAU